AUGGCAUACCGCCCGCCGACCCCAGUUCGCCGUCACGAUCUGUUCACAACAAUACCCGGGAAUAAACCUUCGGGGCUAAGGAAGCUGCAGCUGCAAUUACACGACGGAGACCAUUCCGCUCGGACCUCUGUCAGAAGGAAGACGCGACUCACUUGCGAGGAGGACGGAAAGAUCCACUUUGAAAGCAGGACAAAUAUGGUGGCGAUCUCACUUUCAAAAACCACGUUGGUGCCCGGACAAUACGGCCGGUGCAAAGCUCCACCUUCCCUCACCAUCGCUAUCCCGCCACCCUCCCUGACGUUGGCCACGGUGAUAUCCCUAGCCAACCCUACUCCAUUGGCGAAAGGGUUCUCCACUCCGGCACUUACAGACGACUCUGCAUCCAUGUCCGUCUCUGCAGCGCUGUACUCUCCAUCGCCGACCGCAUGUUCCAUACGUUGUCCUAGCAGCACGACAACGGCGACGCCCAUGAGCUCUGAAGUAUCUCUUGGGGCUAUUUCCGAUCAGCCCACUGUCACAUGGACAUCGCCUCUGAAACGAGCAACGACGGAGAAGUCGUUUGUCAAACGUCCUAUGCCUGGAGGCCCUGUCAGAACCAGAAGUCAGCGUCUUCGAACCCUGUCUGCGAACUUGAGCUUCGGGAACCUACUCGAACGUCCUUCCUCGCAGCGCCCUCCGUCUCAGAGUUUCACUCCCGGCACCCGAAUGCGCCGGGUUUCUAGCUUCAUCUCUCGAUCUAGUGCCAAGGCACCAACGACCCCCUCACCUCCCUUCAGUCCCACCGACGACGCAGAAGCCACAAGCGACCCCUUCGCCAUGAACGGAGAAUCAUACACGGUUCCCUCCGCGUUAUCAGACCUCACUUCUAACGUCUACGACAUCUCUGCCUUCACAUCGAGAGGGUGUUCGCCCAUAUCGGAGAAGAAGAGUCCUAGGUCGAUCAAGUCCUCGAAGUCGAGAACGAAGAGGAUGAAAUCCAAGGUCAACAUCUACGACCUGUCCGUCCACGAUGCGUGCACCGUCCCCCCUCGAGAAAUGGGAAUCGCGCGCAGGGAGAGGGCCAAGGAGAUGAAGGCAAGGAGGAAAACGCGGGUCAUCAGCGAGAGGCGCAGGUCCAAACGGUCUUCAAAUCCUUCCGGUCUCGUCUUGGGCGGGAAGCGAAGUUCUGUUCCCCCUCCCUCAAGUUUACCCGCUGAAAUCGCAAAACAUCAAUCAGUACCGUCUCCUGACCGGAAAUCCUGUGUCAUCGAACCACAGUCACGUUGUUCGAUCGAGUCAAAUCCUCGCCUCGAGCCCGGUGCGCUCUCUCGUCAGCCAGUCGAGCGCGAGACCUCAAAACAAAACCAGCAAUCGGCGAUCUACUCUACCACCGACGUGCGUCUCCUCCACGACCGCCACACCAGCGGGGUCCUGGCCACUUCAUUGUUUACGGUCUCGUCACAACGUCACUCGCAAGGCCGACUUGGCUUACUAGUCCCAUCGGACAUCCCAUCCAUUCUCGAGGCAGGCAAUAUCCCCCUUGUAUCUUCUCCAACACGGACAUUCCGCGCGUCUAUGCCGUCAACGAAGGAGAACGUGGCAGAAGUAGUCAAUGAGGCGAACCACCGCUUCACCACAGGGGCCCGACCUCAAGGUCUCAAACCACUCUCGCUCCCGAAGCCCGCGUUCACAACACAGAGCAACGUCCGCUCUGUGCUCACCGCGUCUCCACACUCAAACAUGCGCCCGUUCUCGUAUCCUCCGCCUCGAUAUCAAUCGGAACUGAGCUCCAACGCAGCAAACUCGAUUCUCUACCCGGAUUUUGACGAGAGCAUCAAGUUGUCGGCACAGGGGCCUGCUCCGCGCCCAACGCCACGGAGUAAGCUGCGAGUCAAUCAUCGCAAUACCAUGGCGAGCGUAUCUUUCAGCACGCUAUCGAGCCAGACAUCUCAUUCUGAGGAGAACGAUGACGAAGGGAAGAAGGCAAAGGUUGAGGAGUUACGGCGAGAGUUCACGCCUCUCGCCCUCCCUGAUUUCGGUAGGCCGUUAACAUCGAGGAUGGAGUCAAGGAGUGGGUCAGACUCUGACGAUAGUCUUGAGUCAAGCGAGGGGAAGAAGGGCGAAGAGUAUGGGGUAGAGACCGAAGAAACGGACAUGCGAAGGGAACGUGUGGCCGUUUUCGAGAAGGGGGUGUGGCCCAAGCUCAUCGGCGGAUAUUGAGGCGAGAUCAGUAUUACCCUGGGGA